UGUCUGUCUGCGUACGAGGAACUUUCGUGUGCAUCAUUUCACAUGCAGAUUGCUCAUUACAAAAAGAGAGACGAUAUUAUGGAGAAAUGCACGAUGGCGCUGAAAGCUUGCAGGGAGUAGUCGCCAACUUCUUCCCCGGAUGGUGACACUUCACCUGUAAACAACAUGAGUGGCUCCAAGCCGGACAUUCUGUGGUCUCCACAUCACGUGGAUCGCUAUGUGAUAUGCGACUCGGAGCUGAGCUUGUACCGCAUCGGCUCCAUCGGCAGUGCGGAGACCAAGGCAGGAACGUUGCCUCUGUCCGAGGAGACAGCGGCCACCCUCCUCGCCAUCAACUCCGACACCCCGUACAUGAAAUGCGUCGCCUGGUACCCCAAGCACGAGCCGGAGUGUCUUCUGGCCGUGGGCCAAGCCAAUGGCAGAGUAGUUCUCACCAGUCUGGGUCAGAGCCCCAAUUCCAAAUGCAAGGAGCUGAUGGGGAAGGAGUUUGUGCCCAAGCAUGCGCGACAGUGCAACACGCUGGCGUGGAACCCCUGGGAUAGCAACUGGUUGGCCGCGGGCCUGGACAAGCACCGCGCCGACUUCUCCGUCCUCAUCUGGGACAUCAGCAGUAAGUACGCGCCGGACAUCUCCGUCCCCAUGGAGAAGAUCCGCCUGUCGUCCGCCGGCGACACCGACUCGGGCCUUGUGGUGACCAAGCCCCUGUACGAGCUGGGCCAGAACGACGCGUGCCUCUCGCUGUGCUGGCUGCCGCGCGACCAGAAGCUCUUGCUGGCCGGCAUGCACCGCAACCUAGCCAUCUUCGACCUGCGCAACACCAGCCAGAAGACCUUCGUCAACACCAAGGCCAUCCAGGGCGUGACGGUGGACCCGCACUUCCCCGAGCGCGUGGCCUCCUUCUUCGAGGGCCAGGUGGCCAUCUGGGACCUGCGCAAGUUCGAGAAGCCCGUGCUGACACUGACGGAGCAGCCCAAGCCGCUGACCAAGGUGGCCUGGUGCCCCACGCGCACGGGCCUGCUGGCCACGCUCACGCGCGACAGCAACGUGGUGCGGCUGUACGACAUGCAGCACGCGCCCACGCCCAUCGGCGACGAGACGGAGCCCACCAUCAUCGAGCGCAGCGUGCAGCCCUGCAGCACCGACAGCGGCCUGCUCAUCAGCAGCUUCGCCUGGCACCCCUCGGCGCAGAACCGCAUGGUGGUGGUGUCGCCCAACCGCGCCAUGACCGACUUCACCGUCUUUGAGCGCAUCUCGCUGGCCUGGGGCUCCACCACCUCGCUCAUGUGGGCCUGCGGCCGACACCUGUACGAGUGCGCCGAGGACGGCGGCGACAGCGGUUCGGCGGCCGUGGAGAGGGACAGGGACAUUGCCACCAAGAUGAGACAGCGGGCGCAGAACGGCUACGGCCACGACACGGCCCAGGUGUGGCGCAACCACCUGCUGGCCGGAGGGGACGACCCCCAGCUCAAGUCCCUGUGGUACACCCUGCACUUUAUGAAGCAAUACACUGAAGACCUGGAGCAGAAGCAGCAAGGAAGCAAACAGUCACUCAUAUACUCAGGCAUCAAGAACAUUGUUAAGACUAGUUCAGGCACGACAGAGAACCGGCGGUGUUGGCGCGGCUCGGAUCGGCAGACGGACGUGGCGCGCUACCAGAGCGAGGAGCGGGUGCUGGCGCUGCAGCUAUGUGGCUGGAUCGGGCGCGGGCCCGAGGUGGACGUGGAGCCCUUCCUGAAGAGCCUGGAGCAGGAGGGCGAGUGGGAGCGCGCUGCCGCCGUCGCCCUCUUCAACCUGGACAUCCGCCGGGCCAUACAGAUACUCAACAAGGGCGCCUCCUCAGAGAAGGGGGACCUGAACCUGAACGUGGUGGCGAUGGCUCUGUCGGGCUACACGGACGAGAAGAACUCUCUGUGGCGGGAGAUGUGCAGCACCCUGCGGCUGCAGCUGAAGAAGCCGUACCUGUGCGUCAUGUUCGCCUUCCUCACCAGCGAGCCGGGCACCUACGACGGAGUACUGUAUGAGAGCAGCGUGGCGGUGCGAGACAGGGUGGCGUUUGCAUCCAUGUUCCUCAAUGACACCCAGUUGCCGCGGUACAUUGAUAAGCUGACCAAUGAGAUGAAGGAGGCGGGCAACCUGGAGGGCAUCCUGCUGACGGGGCUGACUAAGGACGGAGUGGACCUGAUGGAGAGCUACGUGGACCGCACCGGAGACGUGCAGACCGCCAGCUUCUGCAUGCUCAUGGGUUCCCCUGGUGAGGUGGUUAAGGAUACUCGUGUCCAGUGUUGGAUCGAGAACUACCGCAACCUCCUAGACGCCUGGAGGUUUUGGCACAAGAGGGCCGAGUUUGACAUUCACAGGAGCAAGCUGGACCCCAGUUCAAAGCCUCUGGCACAGGUGUUUGUGAGCUGUAACUUCUGUGGGAAGUCCAUCUCCUACAGCUGCUCUGCGAUGCCCCAUCAGGGCCGCGGCUUCAGCCAGUAUGGCGUGAGCGGCUCCCCUACCAAGUCCAAAGUCACCAGCUGCCCCGGCUGCCGAAAGCCCCUGCCGCGCUGCGCACUCUGCCUGAUGAACAUGGGCACGCCCGUCUCAAGCUGUCCAGGUUCUGGGAAGAUGGAUGAGAAGGUGGACCUGACCCGUGAUAAGAAGCUGGCCCAGUUCAACAACUGGUUCACCUGGUGCCAUAACUGUCGACACGGGGGGCACGCAGGACACAUGCUGAGCUGGUUCAGAGACCACAGUGAAUGCCCAGUCUCAGCCUGCACCUGUAAAUGCAUGCAGUUGGACACCACCGGGAACCUUGUGCCUUCAGAUAGCUCCUAGAGACGCUGCUGUUUGCGGACACGUAAAGCACACACACACACACACACACACACGCACUCACCACACUUGAACACACUGAGAUGCAGCACAAAAAAGAAAGCGCAUCUGUGACUGCAAUAAAAGCUAUGGGAAGCACUUAUGCCCGAUGUUCAUUAGCUGUAUACAAAACAGCCUAAUCAAUUCUUCAAUCUUUGCCUUGGUUUGUAAGUUUUAAACUGGCCUUUUAGGGCUGGUGCCAUUUUUUUUUCUCGUCACAUCCUAGUAUGUGAAGCUUGGAUAAUGUUUUAGCAAGGUGUUGAAAAUAACACAGAUACGAUUACUGAUAGUAUAUGAAGUACUGAAGUACAUUACGUAAGUAAUGUUUAGAUAUUGCCAUGAACUGUUUGGCUGGACAUACGUAGAUCAUAGCACCAUACCAUAGACUGGCUUAAGUAACGUGCUGUGAGCACUUUGAAGUUCACUUGUGAAGUGAGAAUGUAAAUGUGAAUUGAAAUUGAAACAAUCAGACAAACUCUACCUCUCUGUCAUUGUGACUCAUUGAGUCCUUUUAUUUCAAAUGGAAAAUACAUUGCAUCACAUUUACACCAGCAUUUUUACAUCCUCUUCCACCCUUUGUAGUGAUGCUGCUGGAAAUGGCAUUGACCUGCCUGAACUGCCUCUCAAUUAGUUUUCUCUGAUGGUUUCCUCUGGCCUAAUGCCUUUGGGUCACUUCUCUAAUGUAGGAAAAGUAAAGGUUUCCCUGCUGUCCCGCAGCACAGGGCAGUCUAUUCCCACGUGGUCAAUAUCCUGAUCGCCAGUGAAUGAAUUAAUUAAUAAAUUAACCAUUCUUGAUAAAAAAAACAUGGGACCGCAAACUGAACCAUACAUGUAGCCCCUUAAUUCGCGCUGUACCUCAUGUGGCACGCUGUAAUAGACAUCGAAAGUUAACUACUAUAGCACUACACUGCUAUGACAGUGCAUGGGGCCUUUAGUAAUACAUUACGACUUGGUCAUUGCCAUUCUGGGAACAGCUAAUUUAUAAAGUCGUGUUAAAGAAAUAGUCAGGGAUAACACACAAAAAAGCCCAAAGGCUUAUUUCCAUUGUAUGAGGGUGCAACCAAUGAAUUAUCUGUUGUAUGGAAGCUAUUGACUAAAAUCUUAUGCUUCUAUAUCAUGUUGAGCUCUAAUGGAUGGUGGUGAAGCAAUGCCAGAGGCUUGAGGAGGCAUGGAAGGAGGCAUAUUGAGGUGUACUCAAUAGUCACUGCUCUUUGUUGACGCAGUUUCAAAUACAGCCGCUAGGGGGAGUGUGUUUGCUUCCAAGUACAUCCUGAGUUCCAUCUCAAGUUCUGCCGUUCCUGGAAGCUCUGAGCUGGUGAGUGUGUGUCUCUCACUUCGCACCUGCCACAUGGAAUUCCUGGAAACAAUGGAAGCAACUCUUCUUUGUCUGUGAGACGAAGUCCUUUCCCAAAAACAAAGUUUCAAAAGGUUGCCGCCGACUAAACUGCCACACAAGAAGCAGCAUUGUCAGAAAAAAAAUGACUGUACAUAAUAAAAAAAAACAUUUUUAUGGAAACAAACUGAAAUGGCAGAGGAAGUUCAAGGUCUCUUAAUGUAAAAAAUAAAAUGAAAUAAAACAUAGUUUUGUGAUUUA